UAAAGACCCCACCUUUCUUCCCCCAAAAUUUAUUUGGUUUAUUUAUAUAUAUUUAUAUUUAACUGCAACAAAACCCCACACAGCCCAGAUGGCCUGAAAGAAUUUCGCAAGGACAAGAUUUUCUGUACCAUCGGUUGAGUUUCAAAUCUGAUAAUAUUUACACCACAAAGGCCAAAGAGACAUAAAAGCAACCCAAACUGAAUAAUCAAUCAGGGUGUUUACUUCUUAGAGAAGAGAAGGAGAGAAGGAGAGAAAGAAGAAGAAAGAGAUAAAAAGACCCCAUGAGAGAUCAAAAGGUGCUAGGAGAUAUAUAUCCAAAGGAAAGACUGGACCCUCUUGUGCGUGCUACUUAGAUAUACUUUUUGACAAGAAAGCUUUCAUCUUUCCUUUCUUUCACUCUGUUGGGCUUUGCUUCAAAGAGUACUUCUCCAAGAAUUCCAAAGAAAACUGAGGUAAACAGAUGAGAGAAUAGUCUGAAGAGGCCUUGCAUGGCGACUCAUAGGGUUGGAGAGACUAAUUUAUCAGGCUCAGCACCUUCAAACCACCAUCUUCCAUAUGCAGUUCUUCAUGGCAUCAGCCCUCCUGCUGCAACUUUCAUCAAUCAAGAGGGAUCUGCCUUUGAUUUUGGGGAGCUGGAAGAAGCAAUUGUGCUGCAAGGUGUUAAGAUUAGAAAUGAUGAAGCUAAAACUUCUUUAUUCACAGCCAGGCCUGCAGCUACUCUGGAAAUGUUCCCUUCAUGGCCAAUGAGAUUCCAGCAAACCCAAAGAGGAAGUUCAAAGUCAGGAGGAGAGAGCACUGACUCAGGAUCAGCAGUGAACACUCUUUCAAGUAGAGCUGAGGCCCAGUUGGAACCGGAAUCUCCUAUCAGUAUAAAGCCAACGUCUGAUCACCAGGCUUUUGAUCAGAAGCAUCUGCAGUUUCAACAACAUCAACAGCAGUUAGAGAUGGCAAGUGAUACUUCUAGAUUAGCAGGACCAUCGGAAUCUCAACCAGCUGCUUCUAAACCACCCCCGGAAAAGAGGAAAGGAGCUGGAUCAACGUCAGAGAAAACGCUUGAUGCCAAGACACUGAGACGUUUGGCACAAAACAGAGAAGCAGCAAGAAAGAGUAGGCUGAGAAAGAAGGCGUAUGUGCAGCAGCUAGAAUCCAGUAGGAUUAAGCUCACUCAGCUUGAACAAGACCUUCAACGAGCCAGAUCCCAGGGGUUGUUCUUGGGAGGAGGAGGUGGUGGUGGUGGUGGGGGAGCUGGUGGAAUUAUAAGCCCUGGAGCUGCAAUCUUUGAUAUGGAAUAUGCAAGAUGGCUAGAGGAUGAUCACCGGCACAUGUCGGAGCUUAGAACAGGCUUGCAGGCGCAUUUGUUGGAUGGCGAUCUUAGGGUAAUAGUUGAUGGAUAUCUCUCUCACUAUGAUGAGAUUUUUCGACUUAAGGGAGUGGCUGCUAAAUCAGAUGUUUUUCACCUCAUUACUGGAAUGUGGACAACUCCCGCUGAGCGUUGCUUCCUGUGGAUGGGCGGUUUCCGGCCGUCUGAUCUCAUCAAGAUGUUAAUAGCACAAUUAGACCCCCUAACAGAGCAGCAAGUUAUGGGGAUUUAUGGUCUCCAACAUUCCUCACAACAAGCAGAAGAGGCUCUCUCUCAGGGUCAGGAGCAGCUCCAACAAUCUCUCAUCGACACCAUUGCCAGCGGCUCGGUUGCCGAUGAUAUGGCUCAUAUGGUUAUGGCUUUGGGCCAGCUUACCAACCUUGAAGGCUUUGUUCGCCAGGCUGAUAAUUUGAGACAGCAAACCAUUCACCAAUUGUGUCGGAUACUGACAGUUCGACAAGCAGCACGUUGUUUUUUGGUGAUUGGCGAGUACUAUGGCCGAUUACGAGCCCUCAGCUCCCUUUGGGCAUCACGGCCCCGAGAGGCCAUGAUGGGCGACGAGCACUCAUGCCAAACAACGACAGAUUUGCAUAUGGUGCAGUCUUCACAUAGUCAUUUCACCAACUUUUGAUCAAGAUCCCAGUAGCACGAUAUCUAUAUAUAGCUGCCCAGAUGAUCGAAAGGCCAAUAUCUUCUCCUUACUGGUGGCAUUGUUGGAUUUGUUGAAGCUACUUUAGAGGGAGAUAGGAUUUCAAUUUUUUUUUUUCUUUUUGGGUUACUUUUCUUAUGCCUUUAAAUAUCACCACCAUAUAUUAAUAUGCUAUCUUGUAAAUGAAAAUCAAUUUAAUGUGGAUGAGAAGGAGGCUCUUUACUUGAUUAAAGAAAGAGAAACAAACAAUGAAAAAGUGUGAGAUAUGUUUAAAUAUCAAUGGAGUUACAUUAAUCAAUGAUGUUCAUUUGAA